AUGAAUAAACCAAUAUCACUAAAUUUUCAAAAUCCUAAAAAAGGGUACUUAAUAUAGAGAACAAUAAUAAAGAAAGCUAAAGAUAAUGGAAAGGAAAGACAGUCAUUUGCUGACUAUGUUAAUUCGUUGUCAGAAUCAUAGCAACAAAUACUUUCUCAUAACAAGUCUCCUAGAAAAGAAUCAAUACCUAAACGACAUCCUACUCUGCCAAAAUUAGAAUUACCAUCUCCGGAUAUAAUGAAUAAAAGAUUUGUUGUAAAUGUUGGGAAAUGUCCAAUCACAAAUUUCCAAUCUCCUAUUUAUAGACCUAGUGUGGUACAAUAGAAUUAGAAUUAAUUUCAUAACAUCUAAUCUCCCAGACACUAUUCAUUUGAGACUAGAAAAUCAGUGAUUCCAUAAUAAAAAUUAUUACCUAUAAAUCGAACCUCAGUUAAUAAUAUUAGUGGAAGAAGUGUUAGAGAUGAUGAUAUGAGUUUGUUUUAUUAUAAAAUAGGAGGAGAUGAAAUAGUAGAUUAAUUGAAUGAAGAAUUUCAUAGUUAUACUAUACAACAUGAAAUGAUCUCAAGUAAGUAUUCUAAACGUAUAUAGAGAUUGAUGAUUUAGAAAGAUACAAAUAAAGAUUUAAGACUUUCUUAGAAUAUAUAAUGGGAAAACCAAUUUUCUAUAAUCUAGAACAAUUAAAAGAAAAACAUAAAGAUUUAGGACUCAAAAAUAAAGAAUUUAAUUAAUUCAAGAACUAUUUAAUUGUAAUAAAUAGUUGAUAAAUUUAGACAUGUUUUUUAAAAGUGAAUAAAUGUCAAUUAGAUUAUGUAUUUGAAUUCAGUUCUAUGAUUGAAUAAUAUCGAUACUGUAUAAUUAAUAGUAAUACUCCAUUUGCUAUCAUAUAUAACUAAAGAACAGAAAAAUUAAAUACAAAAGAUGUUCCUGAUGCAAUCCUAUAAUUAACUUAGAGUAGUUAUUAAAGGAUUUUCUAAGAUAAUUCUUUGGCACCAUAUUUCAUAGGAAUUGAAAUUCAAUAACAAGCUAGAAAAUUAGGAAAGAUAUUAUCUUAAUUAAUGGCUUGGGAAUAAACUAAUGAUUAAGUAUUAACUGAAAUGAGAUCAUCUCAUAAGGGAAUGUAUUUAACCAAUGUUCAUUUUACUCUAUUUAAAUAACAUUUAAUUGAGUCUAUGCGAUAAUUAAAUAUAUAAGAAAAAUAAAUAGAGUUAGUAACAUCUAGAAUGGAUGGUUAUAGAAGCUAUAUAAUUAAUCAAGAUUCUUUACUUGAUUAUUAUGGAGAAUAAUCCUCUUUGUUGCAAGUCUAAUAAAAGAAAUAUGUUUAAUUAUUAAAAAGAGAUAGCAGAAUGCAAAGCUAUCCUAUUAUUGCUUUAGAAAGACAUUCUUAAUUUAUUUUGCGAUAUCUAACUCAUUAACAUCUACCAACACUUACUAAAAAUGAUUUAUGGACUAUUCAUUCCAAAUAUAUUAUUGCUACUGAAUGGAUCGAUUCCUUUCGUGAUAACUUUUUUUCUCUUAUUAAAAAUCUUAAUUUAAAUGCUUUAAUCAUUUAAGAUUAUGAAGAUAUCUGGUAUAGGCUAAGAAAAAAUCUAACUUAAUAACAUUCCAUUGAAAGUAGAAUUGGCAAGAAAAAAGUAGAUCUUGUUAUUGCAAGGGUUUAAUUAAAAUUAUAAGAUAAUGAAAAUUAUACAGAAUAUUUUAAGAAUGCUAAUUACUAAAUGAAUUUACAUCUCUAUAGAAUAGUUACUUUUAUUUUAAAAGAUCAACACAUCUACAACUCUAAUGAUUUAAAAGUUAUACAUCAAUCAUUGAAAAUUAGAGAAAGCACAUUUAAUUUAUUUGUUCAAUUUCUUAAAAAUGCCAUGUAAGAAGAAAUCAUUAAUCCUACCUUAAUUGCCUAGGCUGAAGAAAUUUGUAAUUAUUAUAAAAAGAGUAUAUGUACUUGA